GACCGAGACUCCAUUCCAACCACCAUGUCUUUUAGAAAGAUCGACAUCGACGCAUAUGACGAGGAUGUCCUACUGGAGGGCGAGCUUUGUGAGCCAGAUCCACGCGAUCCUACUCAGGUCUUGAGUGAUGCGAAACAGAAGCAGGCCGCAGUCCGGAGCACAUUAGCCAGGGGAGACGUACCAGGAGCCCUGGGAAUUGCGCUGGACAGCAUACCUUACGGGCCAAAUGUCGAGGAAGCUAAGAACCUGACGUUACAGACCGUUGUUUCGAUACUGAAUAGCACGAAAUCGUCGGAGAUAAUCAGCGUCGUGAAAGCGCUCUCCCAGGAUGCUCAGGACACAUUGAUGAAGUACCUUUACAAGGGUAUGGGAAUGCCGGGCUGGGGUGAUGUGAGCGGCAGCGUGCUCUUGGGGUGGCAUGAAAAGCUGACGGAAGUCGCUGGCACUGGCUGUAUUGUACGAGUAAUGACUGACCGAAGAACUGUAUGAAUCAGCAUGCCGCCGCCGCUAUUGCACCGGUAUUUCAAGUCAAAGCACGAAUAACCACCGGUAUACAUGGUCCCGAGCUCGACCGUGCAGUAGACGCUCCUACAUCACUCGAAGCUCGCCGAUAUCCUCCGCCCUCGAUCAUACAAUAUGUAGACAAGCAGUCCGUUCACCUUUGGACGUUUUCUACCAUGAAUUACAAUAGAUGGGCCUGUACACUACGUUCUCCGCUGUCUUUUCCUCUUCAUUCUCUGUUGCGAACAGCGCUUCGAGUGUCUCAGCGACAUCACGCUCUCGAAAGUCCGGCCUGCAUCAGCACUCUUCAUCGCAGAACGUUGAACGUUGAAUGGUAGCGAUCAGAACAU